GUGAUAAAGUCAUUAUAACUCAUUUUUGGGUGAUUAUAGACGCAGUGAAUUCGUCAUGAUCUCAACAUCAUCCAAACCCCAACAUCAAGCAGAAAUUCUGUUUUCGCUUUCUUCACCCUUUUUUGGGCCCUUGCUGAAGUCUAUCGAUAACAAUUCUCGCAAACACCCUUCCAGCAAUUAUUUCCCCGCUCAAGACUUAUUGUUAUUUCAUACAAAUUUUCGCAGUUGUUGACUUAUUACGACGCUACGCACGUAGACACCUUCUACUAGUAGGCUACUCGAGCAGGAGAGGACUUCUUACGCUUUCACGGUUUAUGAAGGUACACGAGUAGAUUACAUCAAAAAAACUGGACAACUUCCCAUAGUCGACCACAUACAAACACACAGAUCUUCACACAAAAAAGGAUAUACCUCUAUACAUGUUAGAGAGUACUCAAAUUUCGACUCAUAGUGACGCUUUUUACCAGCAUGGUAUUAGGGGUAUUUAGCAAUAACUUUCUUCAUUUCGUUCUCUCUUCUACUUUCAUCAGUUAAAACUUGCUAGUGGUCAC